UUCACUUUCUUCUCUGAUCUGAACCCCUUGCAGUUCAUGCUCACAGACAGCAUGAAGUGCCUGAACAACCGUGCCGAAAGUCACCUGAGCGGGCAGGUGGAGUUGGACAGUGUGGGCAAAGGUGCCUGGGUGAACCAUGGCUACAGUGGUUCUCCUCCACCUCUGCCCCGCGCUGUCAGCACCAUCUACAACCCUCAGCCUCUAUUCCAGGGCUCCAUGGACAGCAUGUACAAGCUGGACAGCCCCAGCCCAUUCCACCAUCCACCUGAGGAACCACUACCCACUGAGAAAAGUCUGGAGAAAAAACAGAGAGGCUGCUGCUCUUUUAUCAAAGGGUUGUGGGGCACAACGUUGACAGAAAACACCUCCGACAACAGGGAGCUGUUUGUCCGAACCACACUACGGGAGUUACUGGUCUAUGUGGUGUUCCUGGUGGACAUAUGUCUCUUGACAUAUGGUAUGACCAGUUCGAGCACCUACUAUUACACUAAAGCCAUGACGGACCUGUUCGUGAAUACAGCCAGUGAAAGUGGGGUUAGGUUUCAGUCCAUUGGCACCAUGACCGACUUCUGGAUUUAUGCUCAAGGCCCAUUACUGGACGGCCUCUACUGGACUAAAUGGUACAAUAACCAGUCACUGGAGAGCGGAGAGCGCUCCUUCAUCUACUACGAGAACAUGUUGCUGGGAGUCCCCAGGGUGAGGCAGAUAAAGAUCAAGAACAACUCCUGCAAAGUCCACACAGAUUUUGCAGAAGAGAUCACGGGAUGUUUUGACGUCUACAACGAGAAGAAGGAGAAUGACCUCAGCUUUGGCCUCAUUAAUGGCACAGCCUGGACCUACCACACGGAGAAAGAGAUAAAGGGUUCCUCUCACUGGGGCAUGCUGACUACUUAUACUGGAGCAGGAUACUAUCAAGAUCUGAAUCUCACCAAAGAAGAUAGUGCUGUCAUACUCAACGAACUGAUGGACAACUUAUGGCUGGACCAGGGAACCAGAGUGGUCUUCAUCGACUUCUCCACUUACAACGCAAACAUCAACAUGUUCUGUGUUAUCAGGUUGGUGGUUGAAUUCCCAGCAACCGGUGGAGCAAUCCCUUCCUACCAGAUCAGAACAGUCAAACUGAUUCGCUACAUUAACUACUGGGAUUACUUCAUCCUCGGCUGUGAGGUCGUCUUCUGCCUGUUCAUCCUCUACUAUGUUGUGGAGGAGUUUCUCGAGCUACGAAUACACAAGUUCUCCUACUUCAAAAGCAUCUGGAACAUCCUGGACAUUGUUGUCAUAAUGCUCGCCAUCGUCGCCAUCAUAUUCAACGUUUUCAGGACUGUCAAAGUGGACAAGUUGCUUGGCAAACUUCUGGAGCAGCCUGACAUCUAUGCUGAUUUUGAAUUCCUGGCAUUCUGGCAAACACAGUACAACAACAUGAAUGCUGUGAACUUGUUCUUUGCGUGGAUCAAGGUUUUCAAGUACAUCAGUUUUAAUAAGACCAUGACUCAGCUGUCCUCCACACUGGGACGAUGUGCCAAAGACAUCUUGGGAUUCGCCAUCAUGUUCUUCAUCGUCUUCUUUGCUUAUGCUCAGCUUGGAUAUUUACUCUUUGGGACUGAAGUUGAAUCCUUCAGCACCUUCGUAAAGUGCAUCUUCACACAGUUCAGGAUUAUUCUUGGGGACUUUGAUUAUGAUGCCAUUGACCGUGCUAACAGAGUUCUUGGGCCAAUCUACUUUGUCACCUACGUCUUCUUUGUUUUCUUUGUUCUGUUGAACAUGUUCCUGGCCAUCAUAAAUGACACAUAUUCAGAAGUUAAAGAGGAGCUCUCAUCCCAAAAAGAUGAGCUGCAGAUUACGGACAUCAUCAAGCAGAGCUAUAUGAAGACAUUUAUGAAGUUGAAACUCAAAAAGGAGAAAAUAUCAGACGUUCAGAAGGCCCUAAAAUCUGGAUCUGGAGAAAUUGAAUUCAGGGACUUCAGAGAAACUCUUAAAGAGAUGGGACAUGCUGAUCAUGAAAUUUCUGCAGCCUUCUCUCAGUUUGACAGCGAUGGGAACCAAGUUCUAGACGAAGCCGAACAGGAGAGGAUGAAAAUUGAGCUGGAGGAAAAGAGGGAUGCUCUUAGCGCUGAACUCAACAAUCUGGGAAAGAAUUAUGAGAAAGAACUGAUGGAGAAGCCUGCUGUGACCUCCACUGAGCAGAAGAACCACUCCAGUCAAAUCUACGUGGAUCUGGAACAGUUUUUGAAACUGACCAGACAGGUUCUCCACCUCGAAAGCUCUGUGAAGGGCAUCACAACCAGGAUUGACUUGAUUGCAGAGAAACUGGGAGUGCAUGAGAAAGCCAAAUGGAACGAAAAUCAAGGGAAAUCUUUUGUGACCAAUAAAAAUAGUGAUGACACUGCCUCAGAAGGGAACAUCCUGGUUUGUGUGGACAGAGACACAAAGGCCAAUCUGUCAUUCAGGAGACCAGAAGUUCGCACCACCUCCACAUUUGACGGUCACAUGUGACUAACGAUCAGAGAGGCAGAAUCAUCAUCAGUUAUCUGGAAGUCAGCUGACAUUUGAGAACGACGGGGUCACCCACUGACAAUAUUCUGUGAUUCAAAGCUUUCCUAUAUUCAAAGUAAAGAUUCUUCACAUUGAAAGCAACAGUUUGGACGCUCAGAUCAAGAUCAUCAGUAAACUUCUGAUUUACAGAAUGCAAGGCUGAAUGACUUCCCUUCAGCUACUCAGUUUAAGUCACUCAGUCUAUUGUUAUAUGUAAAUACUGUGUAUACAUGCAUAUUUUUUUGGAAUUUGCUUUCUAGGCACCUUUACUAGGGCGUAUAUAAUAAAAUGUGUUUAGAAUUAUAGAGGACUACAAUGUAUGCCGUGGGGGAGACCUGAAUAUUAAUCUGGAUAUUGUUAAAUGUUGUGGAAAAUACAUUUAUUUCAACAUUAGGUUAGAAAUAAAAGGCAAUGUAAUACAGUCCAUUAUUAGGCAGUGCAAUUAGCAUCUGACUAAAUUGAUGUUUGCUAUGCUUUAUUCCUGUCAAUGAAUGUUUAAGUUACUGCACUGAAUUACGUCGUUUAGUGAGACAGUGACAAAUUAAUUCAUUAUAUUUUAAACUUGUUAUAUCAUUUAGUAAUUAUUCAACAACUUCUCCCACAUCAAGAACCUCAUAUAAACAUAUAUACUUGAAGAUCCUUUGCGUCUUCUGUCCUUACAGAAUUGUCCAUGCAGAAAUGGGUAGUCAAGUUAUAAAGCAAACCCAUCUAUUAAAAGGUACAAUCCUCAGUUUAAUAAUUCUGUAUGCAGUUGAAUUACUGUUGACAAUUUUACAAUGCGUUUGUGUAUAAAGCUCAACUUAUCAGUGUAAAUUAAACGCACGAAAUGA